AUGUCAUAUUCCAACACAACUGUCUUCACCAACCCUUCCACCUUCAUCCUGCUGGGCCUUCCUGGCCUGGAAAGGGCCCAUAUUUGGCUCUCUAUCCCAUUCUGCACCGUAUACUUCAUCGCCAUCUUCGGGAACUUCACCAUUGUGUCCAUUGUGAAGAUGGAGCCGAGCCUCCAUUUGCCCAUGUACUAUUUCCUCUGCAUGCUGGCCUUCACUGACCUGGUCCUCUCCACAUCUAUCCUGCCCAAAAUGCUGGCGAUCUUAAUUUUCAAUUCAGGGGAGAUUGAUUUCAAUUCCUGCUUCAUCCAGAUGUUCUUCAUUUAUGGUGUUUAUAUGAUGCAGUCUGGGAUCUUCGUGGCCAUGGCUUUUGAUCGGUACGUGGCUAUCUGCCAUCCCCUGAGAUAUUCGACCAUCAUGACAAACUGUGUUUCCAUCAAUAGCACCCUGGCUGCUGUACUGCGCGGCAUCAUACUUGUCCUGCCCAUGGUUCUUGUGGCAAGGCAGUGGCCAUAUUGCAGAACCAACAUUGUCCCCUCUGUGCACUGUGGGCACAUGAAUGUGGUGAAUCUGGCUUGUGGCGACACCCGCAUCAGUAGUCACUAUG